UUUCCUCAACUUAUUUCUAUCACAUUUUUUGUUUUGCCAGUGUCCUUUUCACUAAUAGUAGAAAUAGCCUGGGUUGCCCAAUCAGGCUACACAACAUUUACAGCGCAAAGUUAAGACUUUCCACAAAAAUACAGCAUAUCUAGUUAUAUAGAAAACUCAGUAAUUCCACUGGAGCAGCACUAGGCAGGAAGACAGGGAGAAACGAGGAAGACCUAAAGCAACAUGUGAUGCAAUGGUGGCAUGUAAGUGGAUGGGAAGAAGACAGGGAGAAAAAAACAGAGGUGCUCAGAAUGUCAAGGAGGCCCCCAAAAUGUAAAUUGAGCAAGAGGUGGUUCAAAGUGAUCAGAGCUCUGACUAUGAGCUUCAGCAAAAAAGAAUAGACAAUGUCUGUUUCCCAAACAUGAACUGGCAGCUGGUUCUGCAUGGGAGGAGAUGGAUGCCCUCACAUUUUAUACAUUCUGGGGAGAUUUUAUACACUGGGAAGACGUGGGACUAUGUGGACUUUAAGACAUUAUGAAGUGGUUCAAUUAUGGUUUCUCUGAGUAAUUCCAGUUGGCUGCAUCUUUUUGAAUGAAUUUGAGACUUGUUAAUAGGUUACUGGGACAUCGAAGUAAGAAGUUACAGCAGCCCAUCCUAAAAGUAUCACUUUGACAAAUGAUUUAAAAAAUUUAAAUUUUAGGACGUAACUAUAUUGCUCAAUACCAGUGUUACAGCGUCAGUAGAUAUGCCUAAAUUACACAACCUGAAUUUAAAGACAUGCCUUCUUUUUACUAUCUGUUGUAAUCAGCUAAUGUUUCAAAAAAAUGACAAGAAAAUUCAAAUGUUACAACACUUGUUGCCAAAGUAUUUCUUUUUCAAUUAACAUAUGAUUCAUAAUGCGGCUCAGUUAGGAAAUCAGUUAAAAGGACAUGUUUACAUGAUGUCUGACUGGCUCCUUACACCUGACCAUAGCAGUUUCGCCUCCUCCUUGGCCGAACUGUCCAGCCCAGAAGUUUUUACUCUCAUGCUGAUUAGGUUUGGAUGAAUAGUCUUUGUUCGAGUUCGGUUCCCACGACCCGGCAUUCGCCUGGCAGUCGCGUGGCUCUGCAACAUGGGCCCCCAGCUUUGAGGGGCCCAAAGAUGGAGGUGGGGGUGGGGGCAUGUGGUCAAGCAGACAUCUGCUCACUAACAGUUAGCAGCAGAUGUCAGACAUUUGAAAACACGGCGCGUGAUCAAAGCGGGGCAAGAUACAGCAAGAGUGUCUUGGACGUUUCUCAAAAAUAAGUGAAGUGUUUUGUACCAGUGAGCCCUUGAUCAGACGCUCAAAUGGUAUUUUGGACUGUCUGGGUGUUAAACUUAGCAGUAGCAGGCAAAUCUUUGUUGUAUCGUGUGCUUUAUCAGCAUUUUGUUUCUUCCUCUGGGUUUUGAAAGACUAUUUGUCCUCUUGCAGACAGUGUAACUCCUGCCUGUGAAUAGAAUGGGCGCGUUUCCCCGGAGUGAACCUCGGUAACUGCACACCCUUGUUCCUCAGUGGGAGCAGAGGAAACUGCAGUUUUCCGUCAUGUGGAGGGUGGAGGAUGGGGGGUGGUGCAUGGUUUCAGGCGGGACAUCUGUCGUUUGUGAGUAUUUUCUUUUUCUAGGCCGGGUCUCUCGGUUAUUGAAUGGAGCCAGUGACCUGUCAGUCUUGACUGAUGGGAUCUCGUGUGUGGGAAAAUCCCACAGCCAAAGCGGGGGCCCAUUCACAUGCUAAUGGCGUCCUAUAAAUAAGAGGGCCGUGCCGCGCCGUGGGCCCUAGAGACGCGCAGGGAUUGAGCGAGUCCGGGACAGAAGCGCAUCCCAGGAAAAACAUGACCGCUUCAUCCGUGGCGCACAGCGUGGGGAAGCAUCCCAGCGCGAAAGAGGAGCGAAAGCUGAGGAAGCCGCUCAUAGAGAGGAAACGGCGGGAGAGGAUAAACAACUGCUUGGAUCAGCUGAAAGAGACUGUGAUCGGCGCGUUCAGGCUCGACCAAUCCAAACUGGAGAAAGCUGAUAUUCUGGAGAUGACAGUGAAACACCUGCAGAACAUCCAGAGCAGUAAGCUCAAUGAUCCCACAUUGGGCCUGGAAGCCCAGCAGAAAUACAGCACGGGCUACAUCCAGUGCAUGCACGAGGUGCACAACAUGCUGCUCACCUGUGAGUGGAUGGACAAAACCCUGGGCUCCCGCCUGCUCAACCACCUCCUCAAGUCCCUGCCUAGGCCCACUGGGGAGCGCUCACCCACUCAGCCCCCGCCCAGAGAUGAGGCAGCCCUCCCGGCGGGCCGGGUCGCCCCCGCCGCGGCCGCCAGGGGAGGGUCCGGGUCUGGAAAGCCGCCCCGUAGCGAGGGGCCCGCCUGCCACGCGGCCAGGAGUCAGGAGAGGGCCGCGCUUCAUAGCUCCCAGCUGGGGAUGCUGGAAAUGUGGAGACCCUGGUAAACUGGUGGCUAGUUCUCAAUUUACUUAGACCAUCCUCUGUUAUGUAUCUUAUAGAUAUGGUGCUCAGAAGACAUGUGGGGCGGAUUUGUUCCAGUGAAUAUUGUAGGUGUGCUAUAAUGACCUAUACUUUCCCAGUACUUCCCUUCAGAAGUCAGUUUCUUGUAGCCUGCAUUAUAGAAGGCUCUUAUUAAUCUUUCAUGUAUUUAUUGUAUUAACAGCUUUAUUUAUUUAAUAUUAUAAGGUAUAACUUUGCUUAGAUCACUUUCUCGCCACGUAUUCUUUGUUAAUCUUUUCCUCUAUGCUGAUUAGCCCAAGAACAUGAAACAAAAAUAUUAAAACAUUUUACACUUUUA